AUGUUUGAAUAGGAUUAUUAUAAGAGAAUUAUCGACAAGUAAUCAACCCCAAAUAGGUAAACAAUAAAUACAGCCAAGCCUUGGUUUCCACAAUUGAAGCAUAGAUUGGCUUUAAAAGAUUACGAUUACAAGUUUUUUGUGUUGCCUCCAAAUAAAAUGGUGUCACUAUUGAAGAAAUAAAAGAUCAAUGUGCCAUCAGAUGAGUAGAUUAGGGAAUUUUUGAGAAAUCACUCCCUCAAACAUAUUGUGUAAUAUGAUGCUGUGGACUUCAAAAAUGUCGAUAAGAUCUGUGCAUCAAAUAGUCCUUCCCCCUUGAUGAUAAAUAAAAAGAAUCGAAAACUCUUCAUGUAACAAAAUCCAAAUACAAAUUACAAACUGAUCGAACAAAAACCGUAGACAGCCCAAAAAGCAUUUGAUAGAUAAUCUUCAGUGCAGUUUAGUAAAGUGAGAGAGUUGAAAUCACAGCAAUUGGAAAUAAGACCGAAUCGGGAAAACCUGGAAAUAGACGUGAAAGGAAUUAAAAGGAAGAUGAGAAUACAUGAAAUUUCAGCCAAGUCUACUCCCAACAUAGAUGCCUAAUCCAACUUAAAAUUCUUUGCCUAAAGUAGUAGGAAGCGCAAUCGAAGAAGAAUAGAGCUUUUGAGACGUUCUUUGAAAAAGAUCAAACUUUUGGGAUUGUCGAUCAUAGAAGUGAUACAAAAGCAAGUAUUUAGUAAGAAAGCCUUUUCAAGUCAAUUUUCAAAGGAAUUUAUAUUUGCAUCCAAAUAAAAUAGACUUGAACAGAUGUAGAGUUUUUUAAUAACUCAUCCUUAUUUGGUGUUUCAAUAUGAUUAUUACAAUAUGACUGCCCUUCAUUGGGCAUGUAAAUACGGUUAUUUGGAUAUGGUAAGGAUGCUGUUGCACUACCACGCAGAUUUUGAUGCAAUAGAUUUGAUGAAUAGAACCCCAUUGAGUAUAGCAAUAAUGGAAAAUCAUUAGGAGAUAGUUAAAUUAUUGCUUACACACGGUGCCUAUCCUUGGAGCACUAGUUUAACUGAUCUGAAUGGUCCUCUGCAACGCAAUGCAGAGAUGAAGAGAAUAGUUGGGUUAGCAAGAAGAAUGCAACUCUUUACUAAAUGGAGCAGAUUAGAAUAACCUACUUUGUGUAUUUAUUGA